AUGUUGAACAAGAGAAAAGUUGAUAUAGCGUGCAUACAAGAGACGAAAUGGAAGGGAAAGAAAACUUUGAUGAUUGGAGAUGAGUAUAAAUUGUACUAUAAUGGAAUUGUUAGCAAUAGGAACGGUGUCGGCAUCAUUCUCAGUCAAGAUCUAACCUCCUCAGUAGUAGAAGUCAAAAGGAUCUCUGAAAGACUAAUGAAGAUAAAACUCUGCAUUGGUCAAUCAAUACUACACAUCCUUUCAGUAUACGCUCCUCAAACGGGUUGCAAGGCAGAAGAGAAAGAUGACUUUAUAACUAUCCUUGAUGAAGCUGUAAUGGAAAUCUCUAAGAAUGACCUAGUCAUAAUUGGUGAUGACAAGACUAAUUACAAAAAAUAUAAGAGAAUAGCUAAAAAGGUGGUGGCUAGGGCCAAAUCUAUGGCAUACGAUGACAUGUACGAAGAUCUAAAGGGUAAAAUAAAAUAUACAGAUUAG